AUGGAGUCUCUGGGAAAGCUACAGCUCAAUCACCAACCACUUCACCUUUCCUUCACUCACACAUCUUCUUCAUCGUUCCCGAAAACCCCAACUUCUCUCCCUUUCAAACCCUUCAUCCGACCAAUCUCCUCUCUCAAAUCCGCUUCAAUCAAACCAUCUUCCUCCAAAUCUCAACACUCCAUCAUCCCUCUCCAACAAUCCACACCAUUCCGUCUCUUCAAAUCCACAUGCAUCACUCUAACAACCGCCGCGGCGCUCCUCUUGGUCAAUCUCCAGCUCAAAUCGCCGGCGAUUGCAGCUCCCGUCACGCCUCCACCGUCAGUGGAAAGCAAAGAAGACGUUUCCAUGGAAGAAGAAGAGAGAGCGAUUGAAGAGCAUUUGGUCACUAACCCUUCUGAUGUUGACGCUCUUCGUUCGUUAAUGGAGGUAAGGAUCAAAUCUCGAAAGCUUGUUGAAGCUAUAGAGGUAAUCGAUCGUUUGAUAAAACUGGAACCUGAAGAAUCUGAAUGGCCAGUUUUGAAAGCAAACGUUUUGACAUACAGUGGUGAUUUAGAUUCGGCUAAAACCGGAUUUGAAGAGAUUCUUGAUAAGGAUCCGCUUAGCGUUGAAGCUUAUCACGGCUUGGUUAUGACUUAUUCGGAUUCAGGUCUUGAUUUGAAAGAUGUGGAGAAGAGGAUUGAGGAAGCAAUGUUGAGAUGCAAAAAAGACAAGAAUGAUAACGAUUUUCGGGAUUUGAAGCUACUCGUGGCACAGAUUCGUGUGAUUGAAGGAAAGCAUAGUGAAGCAUUGAAGCUUUAUCAAGAGCUUGUGAAAGAGGAACCACGAGAUUUCAGGCCGUAUCUCUGUCAAGGAAUUAUAUACACAUUGUUGAAGAAGAAGGAGAAAGCAGAGGAACAGUUUGAUAAGUUUCGUAAACUUGUACCGGAGAAUCAUCCUUACAGAGAGUAUUUUAUGGAUAAUAUGGUUGCAACAAAGCUUUUUUCGGAGAAGACGCAGCGCGAGAUGGCUGGAUCAAGGAGUUGA